AUGACGAGCCUGGUACCGGGUCCAUCGGCGAGAGAGGCUAGCCGUACCUCUGAAAUGGAGGAAACUAAGAAGCUCGAUCCAAUCUCAACCUCGAAUGCACCAAAGCUGGCAUCACCCUUCCCCUCACCCACCGAAACUAAAUGGCCCGCUUCAUUCAAGCAGAGUCAGACAACGGAUAAGUCUCAAGAGAACCAAAGCAUAGACAAUCAGCAACUGUUACAGGAGACCCAAUCUACUCCUCAGAGCAAGGAGAGCUUCCGUCAUGCAUCGUCCCAGCACGGUUCACCCAAGGAGAAACCAUCCCUGAGCACUCGGCCACCAAAUAAGUCCAAUGACGACAAUGCACCCUCUUCGAGCCGUCAGAAGUCACAAACACCCGCCACUGGGAUGUCUCCGUCCUCCCGGGCCCCUAGCGUUCAAUUCCGUGAUACCGAUAACGAGAACACAGAAGUACCGCAAUCCCGGCCUCAAUCCAGACCCACAUCUCUAUAUGGCGACGAGGGAGAACAAACGGCGAGAGGAAGGUCAUUCAUCACCAAGCUCAAGUCAUCAUUUACAUCCCACUCGCGUUCAGCUAGCGGAGGAGCACUUCCAGAGUUCCGACCAGCCCACUCGGAUCUAGGAACGCCCGGCUCCGAGCGAGGCGAAUUCCGCUUCCCAGAGCCAUUAACAGAAGAAGGGAGUGACAUUGACGCAGAUGCGGAGGAGAGUGGUGCAGAGCAGUCAGACCGUCCCAAGAAGAAGAAAAUCCUACGUCGUCCGCGCGCCCAGGAAGAGGACUCUGGUAGUCGGACUGCACCCACAACGCCCAAAACUGGCCGUCGACCUUCAUUCCACUUUUCGUCAUCUUUUGCGCCAUUCGAGAAUUACCGUCAAAAUAUCUUCCCCAGAAGAGCCAGCACUACAGACUUCACCCCUCAGCUACGAGAAGGAGUAUCGGAGGAUGAAGGUCGUGAGAGACUCAAUCGUCGGAAACGGAGUGCUUGGGGUGCCACCCGUGGGAUGUCAUACAUUGGAAGACAACCAGAAGAAAACGCCGAUGAACAACGACCAAGUCACCUCAGACGACUCACUGGUCUUGCUGGUCCCUCCGACAAUCCUGAGAGCCUCGCAGCUACAUGGAGACGCCAUCGUGGCGAGCGCGGCACAAGUGCCGGUGCACAAAGAUGGAAGCAGAUUAAAGCAGGCUUCAAACUCAUUGGCCAGCGGCGCAAGGUUGAUAACACGGUAGACAACAAGAAAUCAGCAGAGCUUCUUGCCGAGUUAGCCUCCGCCGUGCCAGCUGCGCUCAUUUUGGCCAGUUUCUUCCAACGAGAUGAACAUGGAAGCAAACGCAUCCCGAUUCUCUUGGAACAGCUUAAAGUGCGCGUGACAGAUAGCCGGAUUGAUACACACUCUAGUGAUCGCCACUUGAUCUUCCGCAUUGAGCUGGAGUAUGGCAGUGGUAUGACGCGAAUGAAGUGGAUUAUUUUCCGUACAUUGAGGGACUUCGCAAACUUGCAUUUGAAAUACAAGCUCCAUCUUGGAACUCAAAAGUAUAUUCAGCUGCGAACGAGCGAGAAUAGCCCUAGUCUUCCUCGUUUCCCCAGGAGUGCAUUCCCGUACCUGCGCGGUGUUCGGGGACUGGAAAGCGAGUUUGAGGAUGAAGAUGAAGAUGGUGGAUAUGAGACUGGACCAGAGGCAAUGAGUGGGACAGAAAGGCAAGGGAAGAAGAAAAAGCAAAACCAGCAACAUCAACGCCGUCCAUCUGGUGCUCUCACUCGUCGAAAGUCCAGUCUGACAAACGCCGAAGGAGAACCUGCUGCAGGCCCUUCGUCUACUUACGAAGGAACUACCGGUGCCAAAAGGGAGAGCUACCCAGAGCGGCAACGAAAAAAGCUUGAAAUGUACCUGCAGAAGAUGAUCCGUUUCUUGAUCUUUCGGGCUGAUAGCAAUCGUCUGUGUAAGUUCCUGGAGCUGUCCGCGCUUGGCGUUCGCCUUGCUGCAGAGGGAAGUUACCACGGUAAAGAAGGGUUCUUAAUCAUUCAGUCAUCAAAGGGGUUGGAUUUCCGAAGAGCCCUGAAUCCAUCUCUCAUCAAAAAGCGACACUGGCCUAAGUGGUUCCUCGUUCGACACAGCUACGUGGUUUGCGUGGAUUCACCCGAGGAGAUGAAUAUCUACGACGUCUUCCUUGUCGACCCUUAUUUCAAGAUCCAAACCCAAAAGAUGAGCCUCCGCAAUCAGAAGGCAAAGGACUUGGCAAAGUCCGCAAAGCAGUCCGCUAGACAUCCUCAGCACCAUACGCUUCGCCUUGAAAAUUCCGAACGUAAGCUGAAGCUGCUUGCCCGUAACGAGCGCAUGCUCCAGCAAUUCGAGGAUUCGAUCAGAUUCAUGGCCCAAAAUACACCAUGGAUGCGCCCGAACAGAUUCGAUAGUUUCGCUCCAGUGCGGCAGAAAUGUUUUGCACAAUGGUUAGUUGAUGCACGCGACCACAUGUGGGUUGUCUCGAGAGCAAUCAACCAGGCCAAGGAUGUGAUCUACAUUCACGACUGGUGGCUAAGUCCAGAACUCUACAUGCGACGACCAGCUGCUAUUAGUCAAAAGUGGCGACUGGAUCGUCUCCUGCAGAAAAAGGCCCGCGAAGGUGUAAAAAUAUUCGUCAUAAUGUACCGCAACAUCAACUCUGCCAUUCCCAUUGACUCUGAAUACUCCAAGUUCUCCCUCCUUGAGCUGCACCCCAACGUCUUUGUUCAAAGAUCGCCGAACCAGUUCCGUCAAAAUACUUUCUUCUGGGCCCAUCAUGAGAAGCUCUGUCUUAUUGACCACACGAUCGCUUUUGUUGGAGGUAUCGAUUUGUGCUUUGGACGUUGGGAUACACCUCAACACAAAUUGACCGAUGACAAGCCUACCGGGUUUGAGACUGGCGAUAUGCAAAAAGAUGCUGACAACUGUCAACUGUGGCCUGGAAAGGACUACUCCAAUCCCCGAAUCCAAGAUUUCUAUGACCUGGAUAAGCCUUAUGAGGAAAUGUACGAUCGAAACGUUGUCCCGCGCAUGCCUUGGCACGAUAUCUCCAUGCAUGUUGUUGGCCAACCCGCUCGUGAUCUUACCCGCCAUUUCGUUCAGCGAUGGAACUACAUUCUUCGCCAGCGGAAGCCUACUCGCCCAACUCCAUUCCUUCUGCCUCCUCCCGAUUUCAACCCUGCUGAUCUGGAGGCUCUGGGCUUGGAUGGAACGUGUGAGGUACAAAUCUUGCGAUCUAGCAGCAUGUGGUCCACUGGUACUCCAGAUGUCACCGAGCACAGUAUUAUGAAUGCCUACGUCAAGCUCAUUGAAGAGUCGGAGCACUUUGUUUACAUUGAAAACCAAUUCUUCAUUAGCACCUGUGAGAUUGACGGUCGAAAGAUUGAGAACUUGAUCGGUGAUUCUUUGGUGGAGCGAAUUGUGCGUGCAGCAAAGAACAACGAGGCAUGGCGCGCGGUUAUCGUUAUUCCACUGAUGCCAGGCUUCCAGAACACCGUGGAUAGCGAGGGAGGAACUAGCGUGCGUCUGAUCAUGCAAUGCCAAUACCGCAGUAUUUGCCGCGGUGAGACAUCCAUAUUUGGUCGUCUGCGAGCGCUGGGUAUCGACCCUGAAGAUUACAUUCAAUUCUUCAGCUUACGAACCUGGGGUAAGAUCGGACCACAGAAGCAAUUGGUCACCGAACAGCUGUACAUCCAUGCCAAGUGUAUGGUCGUUGAUGAUCGGGCUGCUAUCAUUGGCUCAGCCAACAUCAACGAACGUUCUAUGCUUGGUUCGCGUGAUUCCGAGGUCGCAGCCGUGGUACGAGAUACUGAUAUGAUCACAUCCACCAUGAACGGCAAGCCUUAUCUCGUUGGAAGGUUCCCGCACACUCUUCGCAUGCGAUUGAUGCGUGAGCAUCUUGGAAUUGACGUUGACGAGCUUAUGGAGCAUGACUUUGAUACUGAGGAAGAGCUGCGGAAGAUCCAGGAUGUUGAAGAGGGUACACCUGCCGACGAAAGACAGCAGCGCGAAUCAGAGGCAUCUGUCAUCGAGCGACAAGAUGAGCGGGAGAUGAUGGAACGCCGACAUCGCGUACAAGACGAGUUCUUGUCUCGUUCCGAAGACAUGCACAGCUUCAACCAUGAUGUUGAUUGGGAACAGGGCAAUAACCCCAAUCUCAAGAGCAACCGCAGGUUGACUGCUGAUCCUCGUGUCACAGACAACCCUGAACAUCGCAAGGAUGUGGACGGUGAAGGCCCGGACAACUUGAUAGCCGCAGAGCGGGCAGGUCGCGGAGUUGGUCGUGAUUCACAGGUUUCACCGGCAGGAAGAGAGUCUCUUUUGUCCCCUCUUCUACCUGAGGGCAGAGGCACUAUUCAGCAACCCAAGCCAUCUCGGUCCAAGUCAACCCGCAAGGAUAUAAAGCACGCGUCUUGUGAGGAAGCUUCUCGCGACCCGGAGACCAAGAAUAGCCCGGAUACGUCGACCUACGGCCAUGGCGUCUCUGCUGAAUCAUCGAGUCGAGAGUCGGAAUCCGGAGCUGCUGGUUUGAAUGUGACCAAAGAAAGCCAUGACAGUCCGCGAUACGGCCACCCAUCCAUCCCAGAUCUGAACCAAAUUUUUAUUGACAAGGACUGCAUGAAGGAUCCCGUAAAUGACGGGUUCUAUCUGGAUACCUGGCAGGCUGUUGCAGAAAAGAACACAAAGAUUUACCGAUCUGUAUUCCGGUGCAUGCCGGAUAACGAGGUCAAGAGUUGGAAAGAAUACAAGGAAUACGCUGCUUACGGUGAGCGUUUCGCGGAGAUGCAAAGCCAGCAACCCAACAAGCCAGCGAAUUCCUCUGCGCAGCGACAGACCGGUGUUAACUCACCGACGCCGCUUGUCAGCCCUAAGACUGAAGUACCUAAUCCUCAGACAAUUGAUGAGAAGGCCGCGCUCCGGACUGCAGAUAGUGAACAGCCUCACUCAGACCUCGCACAAAAAGAGAACUUCUCUCCCUAUGACGAGAAGAAUCGUCUGAAGACCGCUUCUGACCCGCACCUGUUGAGUACUGUACAUAAUGGACAGGGUGGCGACAACCCCACAGCUGGAGAGGACCACGAGAAGCCCCGUUCGAACUCGGCACAUGUCGACUACUCCGAGGCAGUCAAUCUCAAUGCAUCUCACUCCAAGAAGCGCGGACGCAGAGCGACCGCCAGUGGUUCUAAGCGUGAAUUCCAUGCUGCAGAUGAAGUGAUGGACAAAUCCCGUGCGGAGGACCUUCUCAACCGGGUUCAAGGUCAUCUCAUUCUUUGGCCAUAUGACUGGCUUGAGAAGGAGGAACAAGGCGGAAAUUGGCUAUACGCCUUGGAUCAGAUUUCGCCCUUGGAAAUUUACAACUAA